GAGGAUCACGACUGCGCACAGGCCACAACCACCACCGUCGACUCACUGAGUCAACCAUGCCCGAGUCCAACGCAACUCCGUCCACGGCGGCGGACGUCUCCGACGCCCCCUCCGACGCGGUCCUCUCGAGCUCCAGGUACCUCACACGGCAGGAGGUGAUACGACGUCGUUCUCGCAGAGUGAAGCAGCUUUCGAAGUGCUACAGAGCUCACUACUGGUCUCUGAUGCAGGAGCUGAAAAUCAGGUACAGAGAGUACUACUGGAAGUACGGUAGGAGCGCGUUCCAGGAGGAUGAGAAGCGGGAGGGUGAGGGUGUUGAGGGGACUGGGGAGAAUCUCAACGGUCAUGGGAAGCUAGGGUUAGGGUUAGGGAUUGGGGAGAAUGGGUUUGAUGUGAAGCGAUGUGCGGUUUCGGGGUGUAAAUCGAAGGCCAUGGCGUUGACGAGGUUCUGUCACCCUCACAUAUUGUCUGAUUCGAAGCAGAAGCUGUACAAGGGCUGUUCCUUUGUGAUCAAGAGUGUUCAGGCAGGACCUGUUCUUUGUGGGAAGCCAAUACUAAGAUCCACUGUUCCUUCUCUCUGCCCUAUUCAUUUUCAAAAGGCUGAAAGACAGGUCAAUAAUGCCCUGAAAAAGGCAGGUCUUAAUGCUGCUUCAUCAAGUAAGCUUGCUCCCAAGUUCCAUGUCAUAGUUGCAGAAUAUGCCCGUCAAAUCCAAACCAAAAGAAGAGCUGCACAAAGAGCAUCUGUAAAUAAAGUUGAGAUUAAAGAGGAGACAGGAUGUUGAGUAAAGAUUUUGUGUGUAAAGAAUGUUAACCAUUGGUGAAGCAGGCAGAUGCCAUGAUCUUGAGCUAUGAGGUCUCUGAUUGGAUGGUGCAAGAUGAAGAUUUGGAUGGGUCAUGAGACUUGUGGUUCGAGCAUCAGCUCUGUGCUUACUGAAGGCGGUGGAAACUGGGACAAGAUGCAUGGACUCAGCUUGUGGGCUUAUACAACAUAUUGGGAUGAAUCAUAAUGGAAUGGUGUGCAUGAACAAAGUGGUUCAUGCACCCUCCUGUGGGAGGUUGAAAUAUUUGUUAUUUUUAAGCAUCCAUAUUGGAAUUCUGAACAUGAUGAUUUAGCAUGAGUUUUUACUAAGAAACCCAAUUUAACUUUAAAACUUGUUUGGGUACUUGAAACCAUGCAAUUACAUAUUUGUUGAUACACUGACAUCUCUAUCAAAUUAUCUUCCUAUGUACAUGGGUUGUGCCCCCUUUUGCUUGGCACUCUA